GUCUUGCCCAAACAAAAAGCAGAUUGUGGAUUUUGCGAGAAGCCACUACUUGUAACUAGAAACGAGCCAUGGGAUGGGUUUGGAGAGACGACGAGCCAGACGAGCUCAAUUCUUCGUCGCCUGCCGGUGAAACUAGCGAAUAUUGGAAAAGCCCUGAUUCAUCCUCUGGGAAGCCAUGCUCCACAAGGAAGGUGGUGAAGUCUAUGUGCAAGACAGAAGAGGUGGAACCUGGAAAGUUCGUGAGGAAGUGCGAGAAAACUGAGGAGAUUCUCAGAGAGUGCCUUGGAGAGCCUGUCGAGGUGCUGAAGUCCAACAAGGAGUACACUGAAGAUGAUGUCACAGAUGUGAUGGUUAAAGGGUCUUCCUCGGUAGGCCAAUUUGAUAACUCACCAUUUAGCUUCCCGGGUCUUCGAAGUGAUGUUGAAGGCAUUGAGCAUCACUUCCUCGAUGGCAUCAAUCGAUUUUUUGAAGCAGCUGAACAGAUGAGGAGUAGCUUUUUCGAUGUUUUUGGGGACUUGCAUAAGGACAAGCCAUCGUCCUCACCAUCUAUGAGACGAGGGAUACCUGUUGAAGACUAUCCUAAAAAAGGUGAUCCUUCUCCUAAGCAAAGGAAGCCUGACGCAGGUGAUAUUGAUCUUUCUGGUUUGGCCAGAGACGUUUGAAUUAGUUUGCUGAUAAAUUGCCUUGGUGUAGUAGAUUUUUUUUUUCGUUAUUUCCAUCCUUUUUAAAUGACUUGUUAAAAUAUAAAGUCGGUACUUGAAUGUGGACUUGCAAAUUUGAUUCUCAUACCUAAGUUGAGAUUAAGGAUGAUUACAAUUCGUUUAAACUUAACAGAAAUAUAAACAUUGAUUAGCUGGUUA